UGCAAACCUUGCUGCACUAUUAUUGUCAUACCAAGUUGUUUUGUUAUCAACAUCACAACAUUAAAUCCACUCAAACUCAUGGCUAGGUCAUGCGUGUCUCCACCUUAUGCUCCUCUUCAUCUUCAACGCCAAAGUCAACAUCAAAACCGCAACCUCGUACAAUUCAAAUUUCCCACUUUGGCUUUCUCUUCCUCUUUCCCUCGCCCUCAUCAAAAUCUCAUUUUUCUCCUCAAUGUUUCCUCUUCUGCCUCCACCCAGUACCAGCUCUUUGCUUUCCCUCGACGAAGACCCAAUUUUGUUAUUAAUGCUCUUGAUUCCAACGACCCUCAUCCACAUCACCAGGGAUCAGUUAACGUUGGGAGAAACGAAAGCUACGAACAAUGGGAAUCGCUUACAGCAAAGUUCUCUGGAGCAGCCAAUAUUCCAUUUCUGUUACUGCAAAUGCCUCAAAUUAUACUAAAUGCUCGAAAUCUUGGGUCAGGAAAUAAAACUGCUCUCUUGGCUGUCCCAUGGCUGGGAAUGCUCACUAGUUUGCUUGGAAACCUGUCACUACUUUCAUACUUUGCCAAGAAGAAAGAAAAGGAAGCAAUGGUAGUGCAGACAUUGGGUGUAGUUUCGACAUAUGUGGUCAUUGUUCAGCUGGCAUUGGCAGAAGCCAUGCCUUUGUCUUACUUUUUGGCGACUUCAGUUGUGGUGGUGUCUGGUCUUGUUCUGAAUUUCCUGAAUUACUUUGGUUUACUAAAUGCUGGAAUCUGGCGCUUUUGGGAAGAUUUCAUUACAGUUGGGGGUUUAUCAGUGCUUCCCCAAAUAAUGUGGUCUACAUUUGUCCCCUAUAUACCUAACAGCAUCUUACCUGGGGCAACUGCCUUUUUGAUAGCUGUCGUGGCUGUUACCAUGUCAAGAAGUGGAAAACUCUCUGAGAAAGGUGUCAAAUUUGUUGGAGGAAUAUCUGGAUGGACAGCUACGUUACUCUUCAUGUGGAUGCCAGUUUCUCAAAUGUGGACAAAUUUUCUCAAUCCUGAGAACAUGAAAGGGCUGUCAGCUUUUUCAAUGUUGCUUGCUAUGCUUGGAAAUGGACUUAUGCUCCCACGUGCUCUCUUGAUUCGUGAUUUCAUGUGGUUCACUGGUUCAGCGUGGGCUACCUUUUUUUAUGGAUAUGGGAAUAUUGCAUGCCUAUACUUUUUAAACGUUAUCAGCAAGGAAUUCUUCUUGGCAGCAACUGUCGGUUUGAUUUCAUGGAUAGGAUUGGCUUUCUGGAGAGACAGUGUAGUACAUGGUCACAGUUCACCUUUGGCUUCUUUACGUGACUUGGUUUUUGGAUCGUGAAGGUAAAGCUAUGCUGCACUGAAGUUCAAUUGGGUGCUCUUUGCUGAAAUGGUUAUGCUUGAUUGACACUGCAACUACAGUACACAAGCUUGUGAGUUUUUAAGCAUCUAUCAUAAUUAAUACCACUCUUCUUACAUCAUGGUAUUGAGAAUGAGUAUGUUGUAACUAGUAAGCCUUUUAAGUGAUCUCACAUAGAAGCUGUGAUAUAGGACUACAUUGGACAUGGAGCAUAUAAUUGUAAUAUUAAAAGUGAAAUUUAUCCCAGUUAUUUGUUUAGUCACUCUUUCAAAUAAUUAUAGUUUCCAUUUUUAGAAUAUAUUUUUUCUUAUC